AUGUCGUCAGAAAGGGUCUUAAGUUAUGCACCAGCUUUUAAAUCAUUUCUGGAUACAUCUUUUUUCCAAGAAUUAUCGAGAUUGAAACUCGAUGUUCUGAAAUUAGAUUCAACAUGCCAACCACUUACUGUGAAUCUAGAUUUACACAACAUUCCUAAAUCUGCUGAUCAAGUUCCAUUAUUCUUAACAAAUAGAAGCUUUGAAAAACACAAUAAUAAGCGUACUAAUGAAGUGCCUUUACAGGGCAGUAUUUUCAAUUUUAAUGUAUUAGACGAGUUUAAGAAUCUUGAUAAGCAACUAUUUUUACAUCAAAGAGCAUUGGAAUGCUGGGAAGAUGGAAUAAAGGAUAUCAAUAAGUGUGUUUCUUUUGUGAUUAUUAGUUUUGCUGACCUAAAAAAGUACAGGUUUUAUUACUGGUUAGGUGUUCCCUGUUUUCAAAGACCCUCUUCAACAGUUUUACAUGUGCGGCCAGAGCCGAGUUUAAAAGGGCUGUUCUCAAAGUGUCAAAAAUGGUUUGAUGUCAAUUACUCAAAAUGGGUGUGUAUACUGGAUGCAGACGAUGAAAUAGUAAAUUAUGACAAGUGUAUUAUUCGAAAAACUAAAGUUUUGGCGAUAAGGGACACUAGUACGAUGGAAAACGUCCCUUCUGCUCUAACCAAAAAUUUUCUCAGCGUGUUGCAAUACGAUGUUCCUGACUUGAUAGAUUUCAAACUAUUAAUUAUUAGACAGAACGAAGGUAGCUUUGCAUUAAAUGCUACAUUUGCUUCUAUUGACCCACAAUCAUCCUCAAGUAACCCAGAUAUGAAAGUUUCUGGAUGGGAAAGGAAUGUGCAAGGUAAGCUAGCACCACGUGUUGUUGAUUUAAGUUCAUUGUUAGAUCCUUUAAAAAUUGCUGACCAAUCCGUGGAUUUAAAUUUGAAGCUAAUGAAAUGGAGAAUUCUUCCUGACUUAAAUCUAGAUAUCAUCAAAAACACAAAAGUACUACUACUAGGUGCUGGUACACUAGGUUGUUAUGUUUCACGCGCAUUGAUAGCAUGGGGGGUUAGAAAAAUAACAUUUGUGGAUAACGGUACAGUUUCAUAUUCAAAUCCAGUGAGGCAAGCGUUAUAUAAUUUUGAGGACUGUGGAAAGCCAAAGGCAGAACUUGCGGCUGCGUCUUUGAAAAGAAUAUUUCCUUUAAUGGACGCUACUGGUGUGAAAUUAAGUAUUCCUAUGAUCGGUCAUAAAUUAGUAAACGAGGAGGCUCAGCAUAAGGAUUUUGAUAGAUUAAGAGCAUUAAUAAAAGAGCAUGAUAUCAUUUUUUUAUUGGUGGAUUCUCGAGAAAGCAGAUGGCUUCCGUCGUUAUUGAGCAACAUCGAAAACAAAACCGUUAUUAAUGCUGCUCUGGGGUUUGAUAGCUACUUAGUUAUGAGGCAUGGUAAUAGAGAUGAACAGUCUUCAAAACAACUGGGCUGUUAUUUUUGCCAUGAUGUGGUAGCACCAACUGACAGUUUAACUGACAGGACUUUGGAUCAAAUGUGCACAGUAACUAGACCCGGCGUUGCUAUGAUGGCCUCUUCUUUAGCAGUUGAAUUGAUGACUUCCUUACUACAGACCAAAUACUCUGGUUCAGAAACAACAGUAUUAGGGGAUAUACCUCAUCAAAUACGUGGGUUUUUGCAUAAUUUUUCCAUCUUAAAAUUAGAAACUCCAGCCUAUGAGCAUUGUCCAGCAUGUAGCCCUAAAGUUAUCGAAGCAUUUACAGACUUAGGUUGGGAAUUUGUUAAAAAGGCCUUGGAGCAUCCACUUUACCUUGAAGAAAUUAGCGGUUUGUCAGUCAUAAAGCAGGAGGUCGAACGACUAGGCAACGAUGUUUUUGAAUGGGAAGAUGAUGAAUCUGAUGAGAUUGCUUAA